CCUCUUCUCUUUUACCACAUUACUCAAGAUUGGUGCCUCUCCGCUCAACUACUACUUUAAUACAUCCCUCAAGCUUCAUAUAUAACAAGAUAGAGACAAUCUUCUCCUUCUUCACACCUCUCUCUCCCCCCCUAUAUAGGACCUUUAUCACUUGUAAAUCCCAUCACCAUGACCAGACAUAUGGUUAAGUCACUUCUCCGGCCAUGUUCUGCUACUUAAUUAGCCUGCCGCACCAUAUUGCUCAAUUGUUGUCUCAAAGUUAGUUAGUUCGCGUUGAUGAUGAUGUUGAGAUCAGCUCUGUCGAGAUGCCGCCUUCUCGGCCUCGUGCUUCUUCUAGCGGCGGGUGCCAUUUCAUUCUCGACCUCAUUCGGUUUCGUUGGGGUAUGCAAUGCAGAAGCUGCCUUCUUCCAUGGUGGUGGUGGAGGAAAUGAUGGUGUAAAUGUAAACCAGCCGCCUUCUGCUGCUCCUCCAAUCAUCUUCUCCAUUGAAAAUCGCACUACUCCUACAGCCAUCACCACCACCGACUACGACUACGGUGGCGGCGGUGGUGACGGGAACCGCAUAGGGACGGCGUGCUCGAAGGAGGACAUAGUGAUCUACCAAGGCGCGACGGCUCCCUUGCCCAACGGGAUCCCGUCCUUCUCCGUCGAGAUACAAAACGUCGGCGUUUCGGGGUGUGGCAUCGCCGACAUCCACGUCAGCUGCGGGUGGUUCAGCUCCGCCAGGCUCGUCAACCCCACGGUGUUCCGCCGCCUCUACUACGACGACUGCCUCGUCAACAACGGCCAGCCGCUGGGCCCCACCGCCUCCCUCAACUUCGAGUACUCCAACAGCUUUCGCUACCCUCUCUCCGUCUCCUCUGUUUCUUGCUGCUGAAGCAACCCGAAAACAUAUAUAUAUAUUUAUACUUUUUCAUGGGCUUUUGAUGUCAAUAUUGGAGUGGACUACGUGUUUUUGGACUAAAUGUUCUGAAUCCUA